AUGGAGUAUGGGGCGCACCUUGCCAAUGCGGAGGAGAAUUUGUAUCACCCUUUUGCAUCCAAGAUGGAUUGGGAGGUUGCAAGAUGGGCUAAGCUUCGUGGAGUGAGUUCGACGGCAUUGUCAGACCUGCUUGCAAUUGAGGGGGUCAGUGAACACUUGUUGCUCUCAUUCAAGAAUGCAAACGAGUUGAAUGCCAUUGUCGACCAUGAGCUUCCAACGGGCCGUCCAAAGUUCAAACGCGAGCAGAUCAUUGUCGCUGGAGAAGCCUUUGACGUCUAUUACCGUGAUGUGAUCGAAUGUGUCAAGUCAUUGUAUGGUGAUCCUGACUUCGCAAAUUAUCUUGCUUUUGCCCCUGAGCGGCAUUAUUCUGACGAAGACGAGACAAUUCGUCUCUUCCAUGAUAUGCACACCAGCAAAUGGUGGUGGAAUACGCAGAAAAAACUUGACCAACACAGUCCAGGCGGCACCAUUAUUCCCAUCAUUAUCUCAUCCGACAAAACACAAGUAACGUUGUUUCGCAACAAGUCCGUCUAUCCCGUCUAUCUCACCAUUGGCAACAUCCCGAAGGAAAUACGACACAAACCUUCGUGUGGUGCGCAUAUACUCCUAGCUUAUUUGCCAUGCACACGGCUUGAGCAUAUCACCAACAAAGCUUCACGACUAGAAGGGCUUCGUAUGGCUAGUGGGGAUGGCGUCCUUCGCCAUUGCCACCUAUUAUUUGCCAGCUUCAUUGGUGACUACCCAGAACAACUUCUCGCUGCUGGGAUCAAGUUUGGAGAGUGUCCGAAAUGUGACAUGGACGUUGACGAAACAGAUGCCCUCGCUACUCUCGGUGAAGGGAGUCUAUCCUUUGUUCGCGCUUGCUCGGAAGCAGGCAUCAAGCCUAUUGUCCAUCCUUUCUGGGAAGACCUCCCGUUCGCCAAUAUAUUCCGUGCAAUCACGCCAGACGUGUUGCACCAAUUAUAUCAAGGCUUGAUAAAGCAUCUCUUAGGUUGGUUGUCGGCUGCUUGUGGAGCAGCGGAACUUGAUGCUCGUUGUUGUUGUCUUCCUCCCAAUCACCAUAUACAUCUAUUCCGCAAGGGCAUCACCAGCUUGUCGCGUAUAAGUGGAACUGAACACGCACAAAUCUGCUGUUUUCUCCUCGGUAUCGUGAUUGGGAUCCGUCUGCCCAACAAUCUAAACGCAGGCCGUCUUCUACGAGCAGUGCGGGGCCUACUUGACUUCCUCUAUUUAGCUCAAUAUCCAUGCCAUAGCUCCGAGACUCUACAGCUGCUGGAUGACACACUCGAUCUUUUCCACGACAAUAAGGACAUUUUCAUUGAACUCGGUGUCCGUUCGAAUUUCAAUCUACCCAAACUUCACGCCACUCGCCACUACUCUGCCAUGAUUAUGAUGUUGGGUACGACAGAUAAUUAUAAUACUGAGUACACCGAACGACUUCACAUUGAUUUUGCGAAGGACGCUUACCGUGCUACGAAUCACAAAGAUGAAUUUGUGCAGAUGACACGCUGGCUCGAGCGGAAGGAGAAGAUUAUGCGCCAUGACAAGUAUGUCAACUGGCGACAUGCUGGUGUUGAGGAGACCGAGCCUUACCAUUCGCGCCCCCCUGAUAUGUCUUUUCGUCGGCUUCAAACUAUGACGAAGCAUCCUAGUGCAAAGGCCGUCAGUAUAGACAACCUCGUCGAGGAGUAUGGCGCUACCUAUUUUCGUGAAGCACUCGCACGCUAUAUCACCCAACUCAGCCAUGCCAAUGAUCCUAUCCCCCUCCGUAGUCAAACACUGGAUGCGUUAGCACGGGACAUCCAUUUCCCGUUCCGAACUCUUUCCGUUUUUCACAAGAUUAAGUGGCUCUCGGUAGAUGCUUGUGGUCACGGCGAUGCAACAGCCACGUUGGACUCAGUGCAUGCGAGACCACAACGGAGUUCAGAUUCUGGUCUGCGGCCUCGCCGUUCGGAUACGGCUCUGGUGAAUAUUGGUGGGAAUCCAGAUGUUGUUAAUGGAGGUAUAGAAGGAGUCCGUGUCGGGCAAGUACGAGUCGUUUUCUCGUUACCUUCAAAAAUGUUGCCACUCCUGUUUCCGCCAACAGUUGAGGUUCCCAACCACUUGGCUUAUAUCGAGUGGUUCACGCCAUUUCCUUCGGCUCCGGAUCGACACCACGGACUUUACAAGCUCUCGCGAGCCUUGCAUGGUGGUGAAAAAAUAGCAAGUAUCGUGCCGUUGGCAAAUAUUGUACGUAGCAUCCAUCUUAUACCGAAUUUUGGUGCCAUGGUCCCACGAGAGUGGACGAGUGAUACGGUUCUUGAUAACUGUGACACAUUUUGGUUGAACUCUUAUAUAGAUAGAUAUAAUUUUUGUAUUUUCAAAUGA